CAUAUGCAGCCAAGUGAGCAUAGCCAAUCACAUUUCAUCAUUCUAGUAAAAAUUUGCAACCAAGUUUCACAGCGAUUUCUUUUCUCCUGAGCUAGCAUCUUCUUUUUGGUGGAAAAUCUGCCAGAGACUUUUACAAGUCUUCUUAAUCUUCUAUUUUUUGGGGUCGACUUUAAUAACCCACUCGUUUGGCUGCUCUUUCUCUCCCACCCUUAGCUUUGAAAAACACAAUCUCUUUGAUCUUGUACAGAUCAACCAAAAAAACAUCAUGUACCUUUCUCAUCUUAAAAUCAUCGGCAUCAUCCUCCUCUAUCUCGUCCACCAUCUUUUAUUUAUCAGAGCAGGUGAAUUGCCGGUUCAUUAUUACCCGGUAGAUGACAUCACCGUUAAUUGUGGCUCCCUGGUAUGUCACCUGCUUUAGAUGGCCGGGAAUGGAUCGGAGAUAUGGGGGUUUCAAAAUUCACUUCUCUAAAGGAAGCAAUAAGCUCAUCAACAACUGUUCACCAAUCACUUUUUGCCGAUCACGUUCCCUACAUGACCGCUCGGACCUCUCGUGCUCAAUUCACCUAUACAUUUCAACUCACACCUGGUCAAAAAUUCAUUCGCCUACACUUCUUUCCAGCUUCAUACCCUGGUUUUCAAAGAUCCAAGGCAUUUUUCACUGUUAAAGCAGUGCUUUCCAAUUUCAGUGCUUUCCAAGCUCCGACAUAAUCAUUUAGUUUCUCUUAUCGGCUACUGCGACAAAUCUCGGGAGAUGAUUCUGGUGUACGAGUACAUGGCCCAUGGACCCUCGAUGAUCAUCUCCACAAAACUAGUAGAAAUGGUAAUGGUAACUCUCCUCUUUCGUGGAUGCAACGACUCAAGAUCUGUAUUGAUACUGCGCGUGGGUUGGACUUCUUACAUACGGGUAGCGGUGCACAACAUGAAAUCAUUCGCCGCGACGUGAAGAGCUCUAACAUUUUGUUGGAUGAAAAUUGGUUAGCCAAGAUUUCAGAUUUUGGUUUGUCCAGAUUCACAAGCCCGUCGUGCAGCCACAUUAGUACAAUGUUAAAGGCACGUUCGGGUAUUUGGAUCCAGAGUAUUUCAAGACUCAAAGACUGACUAAGAAAUCAGAUGUGUACGCAUUUGGUGUGGUAUUGUUCGAAGUGUUGUGUGGGAGGCGGGCUGUGGAUUUAACAGUUGAGGAAGAGCAGCAUAGUCUAGUCCCGUGGGCUAAAAAGUGCAUCAGAAGAGGAACACUUGAUCAGCUAGUUGAUCAGCUAGUUUAAGAGGAUUUGCGGAAAUUGCCAACAAAUGCUUGCAUGAUCGUCCGAAUGAACGUCCUACAAUGGCUGAAAUAGUGGCAAGACUAGAAUCAAUUGCAUUAGAAUCGCAGCAGGGGAAGACCGAGUCUUAUGCAGAGCAAGAGGUUAUCGAUUUUGGUGGGACAAGCAAUGAGAACAACAUUGAUUUGAUGAGUAUUACGUCAGGGGAUUCUACCUCAACGUCCGGGCAAUUCAGUAUUCUUCCUAUCAAGGAAAUAAAUGAACGGUCGGUGGUGGUGGUGGAGGGUAUUUUACCAGCUGGAACACAUGGGAAAAAGAGAGUGGAUUAUGGUUCUAAUCAGGGAGGACCAUUGUUAUCGGGGUGGCGGUUAUGGGACUCGCUUUGGCAAAGAAAGAGACCAUCGUCAUCAACAACAACGAAAGCUUAUUCACUGGCAGAGAUUCAGGCAGCCACGGAUAAUUUCAAUGAUGGCCUCGUAAUUGGGAAGGAUGGUUAUAGGACAAUUUAUGCGGGUUUCAUCAAUGAAACAAGGAAGGUUGCUAUCAGUCGGUGGAGUGGAAAUGAAUUCUAUGAUAUAUUUUUCAUUCAAUUGGGGUUGCAGUCUCAGUUACUGUGCACGAACAUCGUGUCCUUGGUUGGGUACUGCCUUGAUCGGAACGAGAUGAUCCUAGUGCACGAAUAUAUGUCUAAUGGGAGCCUAUUCGGUCGUCUCCACAAUUGUAAUAUUGAUAAUCAACGUCUCUCAUGGAAGCAGAGGCUCCAAAUACUCAUAGGUGCAGCCCGAGGACUGAAUUACCUUCAUACAGGUGUGAAGCAGAAGACAAUUGUCCAUCGUGACGUGAGACCGUCCAACAUUCUCUUGGAUCAAAAUUGGGUAGCAAAGAUCAUCCCCACAACAGUUGCGGGUUAUGUCUACCCAGAGUAUAUGCAUCAUGCUGGUGGAUUUGCGGAAAAAUCUGAUGUUUACUCUUUUGGCGUGGUGUUACUUGAAGUGUUGAGUGCGAGGGAAGCAUCAUCAAUGGAAGUCAACGAGUGUAGCUUUCUAUGCACUUGGGCCGUGGAGUGCAUAGAAAUAGGGACAGUUGAACAGAUCAUUGAUCCAUAUCUGAUCGGAAAGAUAUCUCCACUUUCUCUCAACGUGUUUGUGGAGAUUGCUAGGAUAUGCUUGUUACUUAGUGCCACCAAGCGCCCUCCAAUGACUCAUGUUGUACGCACACUCGAGCACGCUCUGGAACUGCAGGAAUCUGCUGAUGCUGCAUUGGAGAAUCAGAAAAAUGCGGCAUGGCCAUCAGUGCCCCAAUUUGGGGAUUGGGACCAAGAGGGAGCAUUGCCCGACUACUCUCUAGUCUUCUCAAAAAUAAGAGAAAUAAGGAAGCAAAACAAGAGGGAUGUGACAAAGCGGAAGCUGAAAAAUAAAUGAAAGAUUAUAAUGAAGCAAAAAUUUCAAACUCAAAAGAGUUGCAAUAGUUCUUUCUCAAUUAUUCAUUUAAAGACAUGUUUAUAAAUAUAUAUAGACAUAUCUUGUACAGGCUUCUUCAAACAAAGCCGUCCUAUGAAUUGCAAAAAUCUUACUUUUCUUCUGCAAUAUAGUUCGCUUACGCCAUAA